UGCACUGACUCCAGCCUCAGUCCACUCCUUGUCCGCAGUCUCUGGUCAUUCCCUGCACUGUUUGCAGUCUCUGGUCAUUCCCUGCACUGUCUACAGUCUCUGGUCAUCCCCUGCACUGUCUGCAGUCCCUGGUCAUUCCCUGCAUUGUCUGCAGUCUCUGGUCAUUUCCCUGCACUGUCUGCAGUCUCUGGUCAUUCCCUGCACAGUCUGCAGUCUCUGGUCAUUCCCUGCACAGUCUGCAGUCUCUGGUCAUUCCCUGCACCUGCACUGUCUGCACUGUCUCUGGUCAUCCCCUGCACUGUGUCCGCAGUCUCUGGUCAUCUCCUGCACUGUGUCCGCAGUCUCUGGUCAUCUCCUGUACUGUGUCCGCAGUCUCUGGUCAUCUCCUGUAUUGUGUCCGCAGUCUCUAGUCAUCUUCUGUAUUGUGUCCGCAGUCUCUGGUCAUCCCCUAUACUGUGUCUGCAGUCCAUUGGUUCAGAAUAUUUUUUUUUCUUGAUUUACGCCUCU